CAACCUACGCAUUUCUAGACGGUGGUUCAACCUCCACAUUUAUGGAACACGGCUUAUGGCAAGACCUGAAUUUGGAAGGCGAAAAAUAUCCGCUCUGUAUUAGUUGGACAGCUGGUCAGGGACGAUUCGAAGCAGACUCAGUAAAGUGUUCGAUAGAGAUCAGUGGAAUGCAAUCGGACGAACGCUUCAACCUAGCCAAAGUACACACAGUUCAAAGUCUAUCCCUACCAUCGCAAACGCUUUCCGGUGCAGAACUCAUUCAACGAUACCAUUACCUUUCUGAUAUUCCCAUAGAUUCCUACGCUAAUGUCAGACCACGCAUCCUACUAGGAAUGGACAACAUUCGUCUCGAGUAUCCACUAGAUUCCAGAGAAGGUCUAGAGAAUGAGCCGACAGCCGUUCUUACACGCCUUGGCUGGGUUGUUUAUGGGCCAUGCUCAAAGUCCGACGAUUAUCGCAGCUCAGAAAAGCGACUUGCGUAUAACUAUCAUGUUUGCCAAUGUGACGAACUUCACUUAACAGUGAAAGAGUAUUUUUCUCUGGAUAGCCUUGGAAUCCGAUUAGAUACGAACCGAAUUCUAUCGAAGGACGAUGAGCGCGCACUGGCACUUCUGGAGAAAAACACAAAUCGUCAAGGAGCCCGAUACGAAACAUGCUUGCUUUGGCGCUAUGAUAAUGUUGAUUUACCGAGCAGUAAAACUAUGGCUCUAAACCGUCAUAAAUGUCUCGAAAGGCGGCUUAUUCGAGAACCAGAAGUAGCCAAAGCCUUGCAGCAGAAAAUUCUCGAAUACGAAACCAAAGGAUAUAUCCGACAGCUUACCACAAAGGAAGAGAACGAACAUCAUGAACGCUGUUGGUACUUGCCGAUUUUCCCAGUUGUGAAUCCUAAUAAACCUGGAAAACUAAGGAUUGUUUGGGAUGCUGCAGCGAAGGUAGGCAAAGUGUCUCUCAACUCUUUUUUGUUGAAAGGUCCAGAUCAAGUUGCUCCGCUAUCGCACGUUCUACGUCGUUUCCGCGAAUAUCGAGUCGCAAUCACAGGUGAUAUACGGGAGAUGUUCCACCAAGUUCGGAUAAACAGCAGAGAUCAACACUGUCAACGGUUCUUGUGGAACAAAGGAAGUCCUGGAGAAGCUCCCACGACGUAUGUUAUGGAAGUCAUGACGUUCGGAGCGAGCUGUUCACCAAGCAGUGCUCAGUACGUAAAAAACUUAAACUCGAAACGGUUUAACGAACAGUACCCUAAAGCUGCCGAUGAGAUAGAGAAUGGAACUUAUGUAGAUGACAUGCUAUGUAGUGUUGAAACAGAGGAGGAAGCUAUUGAUUUGGCAAAAAACGUGAGGAUGAUUCAUGCUAGUGGAGGUUUUGAAAUACGAGGGUGGUUAUCGAACUCAAGAAAUGUGAUGGAAGCGAUGGGUGAAUGCACACCAGUCUCCAAGGAUCUAGAUGUUGGAAGCCAGCUAGCUACCGAAAAAGUAUUAGGGAUGUGGUGGGAUACAGAUUCCGACACGUUCACGUUCAGGACUCCAAGAAGAUGCAAACCGGAAUUACUCGAUGGCUUAGAGGUUCCUACCAAGCGUGAGGUUCUACGGACUUUAAUGCUCAUAUACGAUCCACUGGGAUUUCUCGCAAACUUUCUUAUGUUUCUUAAAGUCCUUCUCCAAGAAAUCUGGCGUUCGGGAAUACAGUGGGACGACCCGAUCAAUGAGCAGCAGUUUGCAAAGUGGUGCAUUUGGUUGAAGGUGUUACAACAAGUCGAAAACGUCUCUAUUCCAAGAUGUUACAGAAAGCAUACCUCUUCCUCUCUCGCAACAAAUUUGAUUCAAAUUCAUGUGUUCGUGGAUGCAAGCGAAAAUGGCUACGCUGCCGUUGCUUAUUUGCGCUUUGAGGAAGAUGUCGUGGAGUGUGCCUUUGUCACCGCAAAAACCCGCGUAGCUCCCCUUAAAUAUAUGUCAAUUCCCAGACUAGAACUGCAAGCAGCAGUGAUUGGAGCACGACUAGCGAAGGAUAUAGUAGAAACUCAUCGUCUUUCCAUAUCGAAACGAUUUUUCUGGUCUGAUUCACGUGACGUGCUAUGUUGGUUGAGGUCCGACCAUAGGAGGUAUACAAAAUAUGUUGGAGCCCGCGUCGGUGAAAUCCUGGAAAAAACUAGUGUUGCUGAAUGGAACUGGGUCCCAACCAAACUUAACGUAGCUGAUGAAGGGACAAAGUGGCAGAAAACUCCAAAUCUGAACCCAUGUAGCAGAUGGUUUAAAGGUCCGGACUUCAUUUGGCAACCACAAAGCGAAUGGCCAGAACAACUGACAUGUUAUGGCUGGACGGAUACUGAAAGCGUUCAACAAAUCAACGUACAUUUGAUACAAGAGCCCCUGAUUAACUUCAACGAUCACUCUAACUGGAUGAAACUGGUACGUUUGUUAGCCUACAUUAUUCGUUAUCCCCGUAACAUUCGUGCCAGACGGACUGGUAAAGAGCCAAAGGUUGGCGUAUUGCAACAGACGGAAUUACUGGAUGCCGAGUGUCAUAUCUAUCGAAUGGCUCAGCUGGAGGAAUUUAGUGAGGAGUAUGCAUUGCUAUCUAAUAUCAACCAGAAUGGAACUCGUGUCCCAAAGUCUAGUGCUCUCUACGGCCUUUCACCUUUCCUAGAUGAACGAGGAGUGCUACGAAUGAAAAGCAGAAUUUCGAAUUGCAGGUUUGUAAGCUCAGAUACUGCGUGUCCCAUUUUGCUCCCGAAGAGUCACCGUGUCACGACUUUAGUCGUCACAUUUGUUCACGAACGCUACCACCAUCUUAAUCACGAAACAGUAGUGAACGAACUAAGACAGAAGUAUUAUAUCCCGAAACUUCGAAGAGUCUGCAACAAAGUUCAUCGUGACUGCCAAGCCUGUAAGAAUGCCAACGCUCGGCCUCAACCACCAAUGAUGGCCGAUCUACCUCCAGCAAGGCUCGCCGCCUGUUCCAGACCUUUCUCUUAUGCUGGAAUCGAUUAUUUCGGCCCGAUGCAGGUUGCAGUUGGUCGACGUGUCGAGAAACGAUGGGGAGUCCUAAUCACCUGUUUAGUCGUACGUGCAGUACACAUAGAGAUUGCCCACUCAUUAACGUCCAGCUCCUGCAUAAUGGCCAUUCGAAACUUCAUAGCCAGGCGGGGUACACCUGUUGAAAUCUUCAGUGACCGUGGGACCAACUUUGUAGGAGCAAGUCGCGAACUAAUUGAAGCCUCCAGAAGCCUAGAUCAAGACGAGAUGAUGCGAGAGUUCGUUAGUGCAGACACGAAAUGGUCAUUCUUACCACCCAAUAGUCCCCAUAUGGGUGGAAGCUGGGAGAGGCUUGUGCAAUCGGUGAAAAAGAUUCUGAACAACAUGAAUCUCCCAAGGCUACCAACCGACGAAGUUCUACGUAACAGUUUAUUAGAGAUCGAAUUUAUUAUCAACUCGCGCCCCCUCACCUAUGUUCCAAUCGAAAAUGCUGACUGUGAAGCAUUGACGCCCAAUCAUUUCUUGCUCGGAUCUUCGCACGGUUCCAAACCUUUGAUUCCAUAUUAUGAAAGCCUCGCUACACUGAAAAAUACGUGGAAAACCUCACAGGUGUACGCCAAUAUUUUCUGGAAGAGAUGGUUAAAAGAAUACCUGCCGACUAUCCGUCAUCGUUCCAAAUGGCACUACCCGGUGAAACCGAUUGUAGAAGGAGAUAUCGUCGUGAUAGUGGAUUCCGAUCUUCCCCGAAACUCAUGGCCAAAGGGUCGUGUGGUUAAAGUCAACGAGCGUAACGGACAAGUACGCAGUGCAACGGUGCGAACUUUAUUCAACGUCUACGAGCGACCAGCGGUCAAAUUGGCGGUACUUGACGUCGGUGCAACGGAGUGUAAGCAAGAUGCUGGUUCUGGCUUACCGGGGGGGAGUGUCACGUCAUCUACGGACGCACCUCCGUCAUCAAGUGGACCCCACCAAAGUACGCCGUCACUGGUAGCCGAAAAACCUCAAAACGUUACGUUCCAAACGACUAACACAGGAAGAAUCGCUAGCUUGAAGAAGCAUUAAGUGCGUU